ACUCAUACUCAGAGCUUUCUAGGAAAAUAUAAACAAAACAUAAAGAAAAGCCAUCAAAACGAUCAAAGGUUGCAUUUAAUAUUUUUAAAGUGUUUUUCUAUUUAUUUUCACAUAAUUUAAAACAUUAAAAUCUGUAAAAUCAUUGAUUGAAACUUUUGGAAAGGUUUUUUUGAUGUGAACAAAGUGAAAUUCUUAUCAAGCAGAAAAUUCAUUAAAUCAAAGCAAUUAUCAUGACUGUGAAUACGCGAGAAAUUAUCGAAGCCGUCUCAAUUGUAACUGACAACCACGACAUUCGAGUAACUGUGAAGUCUUCUGCUCAAGCUAGCUUGACAGUUGCUGGGUUCACAUUUGCCGGAGCUUUUAUUUUAGGUCCUUUAGGAAUACCAAUUGGAGCCACAGCUGGUGGACUUUACGCCUAUUCUAAAUCGAAAGGAACCUUCAAAUCAGCUGCAGUUGUGAUCAAAGAAGAAAUGACAGAUCAUGAAAAGGAAAGAUUAUGUGGACAUGUCGUGGAAGCAUUCAAGAACUUCAGUGCUGAAGAUGUUGCAAUGCUUGUGCCUUUACUGAUGACCAGCGAUGCAUUACAGAAAAUUAUCGUUACACAAGUUAUGCAAUUCCUCAAAAAUGAGUUGAGAAUGCAGAUUAUUUAAUUAAUUAAAGACCAAACAAAUUGCCCAUCAUCCUUAAAUCUCGAAAAUAAAAGUCAAACUUUUUAAAUAAAGAAAUUGUUUUAA